CCUGCUCUUCGUAGUAAUAAAAAAAUAUGGAAUGCUUUGGGUGAUUUUGUUCGAGAAGCUAUUAAGAAAAUUAUUAUUUCAAAAUUAGAGAAAACUGAUAUGAAAGUAGCACUUCGUAGUUGUGAUGCAAUUACUGUCAACUUGCCAAUUCCAACUGUACUUGGUGUUGUCACUUAUUUGCCAGUUCAAGAUUUAUUAAAAUAUAAAACUG